GUUUUCAGCUACGUUGCGCUUGUCUUUUGCAUAAAAUACACCCGGAGUAAACACCAGAGCCUGCAGAAGUACAGCGUGCACAUAAACACAGACGUGGUCCUGAAUCAGUGACCGCCGAUCUUUAAUAUCAAGACGCAGCAAAUGAUUUUCCGCUGCCAGCUUCCCCUCCGCAUUCUGUGCGUGACAAGCGGCAGAGGCGCAGAUUCUGAACGCUACACCCUGACUGAGCAGCUAGCAUGCCUAAAGAUAGCCGUGCCAGGCGGGAGCGGAUGCGCGAGGCAAACCGCCGCGCACGUGCAGCAGAGUCGGAUGAAGCACGGCAUGAGCGCCUGGCUCGGAAUCGGGCGCGCAUAGCUAAGAAGAGGGCGGAGGAAACGCCAGAGAUGCGAGCGGCUCGCCGGGCAAACAACGCUGUGCGCCAACGGAAGGUCAGGGCCAAAGAAACGGUGGAGAUGCGAGCGGCACGCCAGGCAAAGGACGCUGUGCGCCAUCAAGAAGUCAGGGCCAAAGAAACGCCUGAGAUGCGAGCAGCGCGCCAUAAGAAGGUCAGGGCAGGAGAAACACUGGAGGUCAGAAUGAAACGCCAGCCAAGGGACGCCAGGCUCCAUCAACAAGUGCACCGUGCGCGACUGGAGCAGACGCUCCAUGACCAGCGCAACCUCGCACGGUAUGAAGAUCCUGACUUCUUCAAAGGGGAUCUUCGUGGUGAUUACAGGCAGACGAUGAGCACGAUGUCACUGUUUCAGUAUCCGAAUUGCUCACAUUGUGGUGCCUUUGUAUGGGAAGAGGACAGGAAAGGAUUCUGCUGCCACUCGGAUGUCCAGCUGCUGUUGGAGAGUAAUGAAGAGGUUCCCUCUAAACAGCAGAAGAGGAGCCCCAGUCUGAACCAGGAGGACCCACCAGAGUCCCGACACAUUAAAGAGGAGUGGAGCCCCAGUCUGGACCAGGAGGACCCACCAGAGCUCCCACACAUUAAAGAGGAGUGGAGCCCCAGUCUGGACCAGGACAACCCACCAGAGACCCCACACAUUAAAGAGGAAGGGGAGGAACUCUGGAUCAGUCAGGAGGGAGAGCAGCUUCGAGGGCUGGAGGAGGCUGAUAUCACCAAGUUCACAUUCACUCUUGUCUCUGUGAAGAGUGAAGAAGACGAUGAAGAGAAACCUCAGUCCUCACAGCUUCAUCAAAGACUAACUGAACAGAUGGAAACAGAAAUUGAUGGAGAGGACAGUGGAGGACCAGAACCAGCCAGGACCUCAGAUCCAGAUAGAGUGGUUCAUGACUUGUAAUUCUUCUGACACUAAUGACAGUUGUUGAAGGACACCAGAAAACCUCUGUCAGAUUUAGGGAUGAAAUAGUUGCCGGUUUAAUGAUAAACAUGGUAGAAUUCCAGACGAUCAUGAUCAUUAACACUGUAUUACUGAAGUUGUCAGUGUAACCUACUCUUGUUCUGCUACUGUAUGUGUCGUGUGUCUGUAGACUCAUUCACUCAUUGCGCAUGAUAACACGUUACGUAGUUUAGACACCAUAAUAAUCUUGUUUAUUAAAAGAGCAGCUGUUGAAUUGAUUGUAAAAUUGUUUGACGGUUUGUUGCGUCAACAAACCUCCAAGUGAAUCCGAGACAUAUCCCUCAGCAAGGAAACAAUGUGUGUGGAAAUAAAGAUGUGGCUUUGUUAAAAACAGCCUAGGUUUGGAAGAUCUCCACUUGAUUAGUCGAACUCAGACUGCUGAACCUCAGAUUAACUUCCCCUGACCUUCACAAUGUGUUUUCUCCAGUUACCAUCAGGUCAAGAGACUGAUUUACCUGAGGUCUGUUUUAGACCGGGUCCAAACCUUUGGACCUAUGAAGACUUCAGACUCUCUCCAGCAGUGGCAAUUUCUGCAUGGGCUCAUCUGUAAAAUGUCACUAGUGCAUCCACAAGAAGAAAGUUAGAAGCUAGGCGAACACCAGCUUAAACAGUCCUCAGUUAUACCUAAUAGAGUAAUAUCUAUAGGCCUGGAGGAUUGGACGUUUUAACAUGGAGAGCUGGACCAGUACCUCUUGGACAGGGGUAACUGAUUUGUUCAUAUUUGUAUUAUGAGUCUGAAUCUGCAAAGUAACCAGAACUGGGAUCUAUUAGAUAAACGUAAUAAAGAAAAAAGUACAGUUGUUCCUCUCUGCUUUUGGGAACAGGCCAUUGUUAUUCAGAGGAUAAUGUUACUUUACUUUGCAAAGUAACUCUUAUGGAACUGGUUUGUAAAGUGCUGUAUAAAUCAAAUGUACCAUUAUAAUAUGUCUCUUCAGAAAAGUCAGGAAUUAAACUUGUUGUCAGGAUUAACAUAAAUGAAUUAGUAUGUACAAUAAUAAUAAAGUUUUGCUGACAUUAUG